CCAAAAUCAAUAACCUCUUAAGUUCUAACUACCACGAUCAUGCUCACAUUCACCAUGUCCUUCACUAUCAUCCUACUUACUCUCACCCUCCACGCAGCAGCACUACCACAACCGAUCCCCCCCCGCUCCAACUCCGAUCUCAGCUUAACAGCCCAACUCCGCCUCGCCGAUACUGCCAUCGAACGCUACCAACUCCUCCCCAACGAUUCCGACUUCGUCUUCAACUUCACCAACACCGAAGACCUCCCCGUCGCGACGAGCCAAAACUGGCCCGCUCUCGUCGGCGUCGGCGCAGCCAUCAGCAUGUCCCAACUCCCACCCUGCAGCAUGACCUUCAUCCACCUGCACCCGCGCGCCACCGAACUCUUCGCCCUAACCUCAGGCCACAUCCUCUCCUCCAUGAUCCCCGAGACCGGUGUCCUCGACAAAAACAACACCCAACGGGUAAUCCGCACCGACCUCCACGCCGGGCAAGUCACCAUCUACCCCGCCGGCUCAUUCCACACGCAAGUGAACCCCGACUGCGAGGCGGCGAAUUUCACGGCCGCGUUCACGUCGGAUGAGUUUGCGGUGGGGUUGGUGGCGGAACAGCUGUUUGCGUUUGGGGAUGGGGUGGUGGAGAGGUCGUUUGGGGGGAGUAUUACGGGGGAGGAGUUGGAGAGGCUGAGGGGGGCGAUUCCGAGGGAUAUGGUGGUUAGGGUGGAGGAGUGUUUGGGGAGGUGUGGGUUGUGA